GCUCUACCAGCUGAGCUACAGAGGACCACGUAUGCAAGUAUGCAAUGGAUGUGACUCUGGACCCUGAUAUGGCACAUCCCAAACUCAUCCUGUCUGAGGAUGGGAAACAAGUGAGACAUGAAGAUACACAACAUAAUAUUCCUGACAACCCAGGGAGGUUUUCCACAAGUCAUUGUGUCUUUGGAAAGAAAGGCUUCUCCUCAGCGAGAUUAUACAAUGAGGUGAUGGUUAAGGGGAAGACUAAGUGGACAUUAGGAGUCGCUAGAGAGUCCAUCAAUAGGAAGGGGACUAUGACCCUGAACCCUAAGAAUGGAUAAUGGACUGUCUGGCUGAGGAAUGAAAAUGAGUACAGGGCUCUCACUGACCCUGGUGUCCCCCUCUUCCUGAUAGAGAAGCCUCAGAAGGUGGGAGUGUUUGUGGAUUAUGAGGAGGGUCAGGUCUCCCUUUAUGAUGUGGAGGACAGUUCUCAUAUCUACUCUUACACUGGCUACACCUUCACAGAGAAACUGUAUCCAUACUUAUGCCCCAGUAAUAAUAUAAGUGGUGAAAACUCUGUCCCUCUGAUCAUCACUCCUGUCAAUCACCCAACAUGAUUUGUAAUGUCACAACUAAGUGUCAGUCUUGAAGAGACAGCAGUGUGAAACAUUUCUAUUUUAAAUGUCCUUAAUAAGAAACCUGCUAAUCUCUCUCUCUCUGUCACAUGAAAAGUUUGUUUCAAUUAAUCUUAAAUAGUGUUAUUAUAGAACAGUAGGAUUUAUUGUAUUUACAUGUGAUGCAGU